AUGAUGUUAAAUAAUAAGGUAAUAAUUAAAUCGAUAAAUUUUGACUUAUUAUAAUUGAGUGAAUUAGAUUCAUCAGCUAAUACUGAAUAAUUAAAUUAUACAGGAGUAACUUAAUUAAUAGAUAUAAUAACAUCAUCUACAAUCUACAAAUCUUGGAAUAAUAAUAUAUUUGAUGCCUAUGCUUAGGAAGCAAUGAAACUUAUUGGUUGA